CCGGAGCCCGGAGCUCGGAGCUCCAGCAGCGGGGCCGCCCCGCGCCGCCGCCAGCGCCGCAGCGCAGGAUGUGGUGGGACGAGCGGGUGUCGGCGCGGUUCCGGAGGAACCUGCAGCCCACCCUCACCUACUGGAGCGUCUUCUUCAGCUUCGGCCUCUGCAUCGCCUUCCUGGGGCCCACGCUGCUGGACCUGCGCUGCCAGACCCAGAGCUCGCUCUCGCAGAUCACCUGGGUGUUCUUCUCGCAGCAGUUCUGCCUCCUGCUCGGCAGCUGCCUCGGAGGGGUCUUCAAGAGGACGCUGGCCCAGUCCCUGCUGGCCCUGUUUGCCUCGUCCCUGGCCAUCUCGCUGGUGUUUGCCAUCAUCCCCCUGUGCCACAACGUGGUGGUGCUGGCCGUGGUCAUGGCCGUGGCCGGGCUGGCCAUGGGCUGCAUCGACACCAUCUCCAACAUGCAGCUGGUCAAGAUCUACCAGAAGGACUCUGCCAUCUUCCUGCAGGCCCUGCACUUCUUCGUGGGUUUCGGGGCCCUGCUGAGCCCCCUGAUCGCCGACCCCUUCCUGUCGGACACCAACUGCAUCCUGGCCAACGGCACGGCCAACGCCUCCAGCAACCUGCCGCACAUCCGCAAGUCGCUGCUGCCGCACCACCCCGGCAACCUGUCCCACUACGCCCUGCCCAUGAAGGGCAUGGUGGUGACACGCGUGUCCUACGCCUUCUGGAUCAUGGCCCUCAUCAACCUGCCAGUGCCCAUCGCUGUGUUCUUCCUGCUCUACAAGGAGCGCAUGGUGCCCUGCUUCAACGGCAGCAGCCACCCGCUGCUGUCGGCUGACGAGCUGGCCCUGGAGACACGGCCUGGGGACAAGGACGAGCUCUCCACCGCUGCCCAGAGAGCCCACACAGCUGCAGCAGGUCACGAGGAUUUGUUCAGCUGCUGCCAGAGCAAGAACUUCCGAGGGGUUUCCUUCACCUACUUCGCCGUGCACAUCACCGGCGCUCUGGUUCUCUUCAUGACUGAUGGGAUCGUGGGAGAGUACUCGGGAUUCGUGUACAGCUACGCCGUGGAGGAGCCUCUGGCCGUGGUGCACAAGGUGGCCGGGUACCUGCCCAGCCUCUUCUGGGGCUUCAUCACCCUGGGCAGGCUCAUCUCCAUCCCCGUGUCCUACAGGAUGAAGCCAGCCACCAUGGUCUUCAUCAACGUGGUCGGGGUGCUCAUCACCUUCCUGCUGCUCCUGAUCUUCUCCUCCAGCGUGGUUUUCCUGUUCGUGGGCACGGCCUCGCUGGGGCUGUUCCUCAGCAGCGCCUUCCCCAGCAUGCUGGCCUACACCGAGGACAUCCUGCAGUACCAAGGCUGUGCCACCACCGUGCUGGUGACUGGAGCUGGCAUUGGAGAGAUGGUGCUGCAGCUGCUGGUGGGCUCGAUUAUCCACGAUCGGGGCAGCUACAGUUUCCUGGUCUGUGGGAUGAUCUUUGGAUGCUUGGCCUUCACCUUCUACGCCCUGCUGGUGUUUUUCCACAGGAUGUACCCCAAGCCCUGCCCAGAGCUGGACGAGGCCUCCCCGGAGAAAGCAGCAGUGCCUGAGGACACGGGGCAGUACCAGCGCUGAGGGAGGGCCCGGCCCGGCGCAAGCAAUAAACCCAGCCCCAAUUAAACAUUAAUCCCGAGGGUGAUUUCACAUUUAAUGAACUGAAUCAUGCAAGUUCUCUGCAAUCAAAAGCACAGUAGGUGGGGUAAGGCAGAAUCGAAGAAAUCAAGCCCAAAAUGUCGAGCUGAGCACGGGGGGUUGUGCCAAAAAUCCUGCCAGCCUGAUCCUGGGACUAAAAGCAGGGACAUUUGCACAGCAGUUCCUCCUGCAAAUGAAGUUUUUUGUUCUCCUGCAAAUGAAGGGUUUUUUCUCCUGCAAAUGAAGUUUUUUUUCUCCUGUAAAUCAACUUUUUUCUCCUGCAAAUCAACUUUUUUUACCUGCUCAGAACACAGGGUGAAAAGGAAAAGCUGCUCUCUGCUCCUCGUCCAAGACUGAAUCUUGAAAAGAUUUUAUUUCUGGAACCCCCUCGAAUUUGCAGCACAAUCCUGGGUUUUAUUCAUUUUUGUGAUAAAUUCUGUGUCACCUCCCUUGAUCCUCGCAAAGGGGGGAAAUCCCACAGUGGCAGAGCCCCCAGGUGCACACACAGGCAGCAGGGCCUGUCUCUAUUUGCACACUUAAUUCCUGUAUAUUCCACACUCUAAACAGUGUCUUACUCAGCAUGCUCAGGCCUCUUCAAUGAUUUUAAGUAAUCAUUUGCUUUUUUAAUUCUUUUUUGUUUUUUUUGGGAGGGGUUUCUUUGUUUUUUUUUUAAGUCAACAACGAGCUGUGCUGGUUCCUUUUGCUUUAAGUCACUCCUCGAGCUGCUCCAGCUGCAGUGUCUUAUUUUAAUAUUGGUUUAAUUUCCAACUUCCAAGCCAAGCUCCACGAGAGAAGGGAUUUCUUUAGAAUUUUUAUUUUAUUUUUUUUUUUUUUUUUUUUGGGGAGCUGGGCUCCAGCUGCUUCACCUGUGCAAUCUCCUCCUCCUCCUCCAGGUGCCUUGUGUAAGGUACUCCCACAGCCCCAGCAUGGCCUGUCCCAGCCACCAGGAAAGGACUGGAAUUUUUUGGGAAUGUCAAAACUCCUCCUGUGCCAGGGAGUGGCUGUGGCUGCAACUCCUUGCUUGAACUGCUGUAUGUGAUGUACAUAUGUACGUGUGUAUAUAAAGCAGUGUUUAAUUAAAGGUGAUUGAUUGAU